AUGGAUGAAGAAUUCGAUUUAAGCACGAACGAGUUAUCAGAUAACGUAUUUUCCAAUGUACUAACAAAAUUACAAAAUUUACAAUAUACAAAUGAAAACGAAGCUUCUCGUAGACAUAUCUUAUCCAAUGGUGCAACAUUUUUAGAAGAAUUUAUUAUACUACUUGACAAGAAUACAGUGGACAAUGAAAUAUUUUUAAAAAUUGAAAAAACAUUUCAAACAUUCAUACAACUAUUAGACAGUAUUAACAUGCAUGCAUUGUUCAAAGCCAAUUCAGUUUUUGCAUACGAUAUAUUUUAUUUAUAUAUACGUUUACUUAAUUUACCUGGAAUGAAGAUACUUUUGAAACGAUCAGAUACCGAGAAUUAUACUAAACUGGUGUAUGAACAACUCGCUGCAAUUAUUCUUUUUUGUAUGGCAGCGACAAGUUCUCAUGCAAAAUUUACUGUUUUUGAUUUACAAGAAUCACAUAACAAUCAAGAAAUAUUACUGUUACUGUUAAAUUAUAUAAAAUCUGAUUUCGAAUCUGAUCUAUCAUCGAAUUAUACGCACACAACACAAUUAAUAUUAACUUUUCUUUGGAGUUAUUCAGACAAGACAAUUGUAGUACCUAAUUUAAUUAAAACCGGAUAUCCAGAAGCUAUAUUAAAGUGGUUAACUAUUGUAGAUAGCCAAGAUAAACUAUUUGACUCCUAUGAAUUUAUUCCAUCAGAAAAAUAUUUAAAAUCAAAUGCUAUACACGCGUUUAUCAGUAUUAUUCAUAAUACAAGUCGUCAUGAUGAUGGUAUCACUGUCUUGAAUUUCUUAGAAGCGAUUAGUGUAAUAAAAAAAGUUCAAAAUUCGACUACAGAUCCUACUAUUAAUCUUCUUUGUUCGAUGAGUUUAGCUUUACUAUUAACACCAAAACAAAUUAAAAAUGAUCGUAAACGUAUGAAUAAUGUACUUGAUCAACUUUUGAAGAGUGUUUCAGAUGCAUCAAAAUCAGAAGAUUAUAAAGAUGGUGGAUUUCAUAUAUCAGAACCAUUGGUUGUAUUAGUAAAAUUAUUCAAUGAUGAUCGAGCACUUGAUUACAUUCUUCAACAUGCUCAAGUUGAAUUAGAUGCGUCAUCAACAGUGGAUUUUUUCAUCGAAUUAUUACUCAAAUUUAAUUCUGUUGUUAAAAAUGAAAAAGAUCCAUUAAAACAACUCACGUGUACUGCUGUCGUCAAUAUUCUUUGGAGUAUUUCUUUUCAAGAACAUAAUCAAUAUAAACGACAAUUGAAAAAUAAUCAAAAACUCUGUAAAUUAUUAGAAGAACUUUUUAAUAAUACGAAUAGCUUAAAUGAUAGCACACAAUAUGUACCUAAAUAUAUUGAAAAUAUUCAAACAGCUGCUGUAGGAAUUCUAUUGAACAUUAAUGAAGGAUCAGCUGAUGAUGCAUUAGUUUCACAAACGAAAAUUUCUAUUGCUGAUAAUAUGAGUAAAAGUAAUUCAAAGCCAAUGAUUAUGAUAAGUUAUUCUCAUGAUGACAAAGUUUUAUGUUAUCAACUUGAAGAAGAAUUAAAACGAACUGAAUUAUAUGAUGUAUGGAUUGAUAAAAAUUAUUGUACGACAGGUGAUUCUUGGGAACGUAUCGCAGAUGGAAUAAAACAAGCACAUGUUGUUUUGUGUCUUAUAACGAAAAAUUAUACCAGUAAAUCUGUUCGUCGUGAAGUUAUCUAUGCAAUUGAUAAAUUAGAGAAAACGUUAUUACCAGUAUUUAUUUUAAAACCUGAUGUACCUAGUUGGUUAGAAAUUAGAACAUGUGAUUUGACUCAUAUUAGAUUUGCUGAUGAAGACAAAUUCGAGCAAGCAAAAAUAACAAAAUUGAUGGAAACUUUACAACAAUUGAUUUCCGGAUCGUCUAGUGAAAAUAAUUCUCCUCCGGUACAUCAUGAAUUACCAAUACUGACAACACAAGCAAGGCAUGACGAGCUUUUUCCUAGUACAACAAAAAUAUUAUUACGAAAGUCAAUUAUUUCUUGGGAUAAAGCUGAUAUUAAACAAUGGUUUAAUGAGAAUGAAAUUAUGAUUGAAUUGUACAACAUUUGUCAAUUUAUUGAUGGUUCAGAGCUGUUGAGUUUUGCUAAAGUUUUACAGGAUGAUGAGAAAGUACAAUAUAAAAGCUAUGCAGAAGAAUUUUCGAAGCGAUAUAAUGGCAAAAUAUUGUUACUUCACCAGUUCAAUAAGUUUGCGAAUUGUCUACGAAAAUUGAUUGUCGAACACAGUAGACAAACAGCACCAAUACAACUAAAUACAAAGCGAACAGAAGGAAAAUCGCAAACAUGUGAAAUUUUAUGA